GAUGGAGGCAGCGGGAGGGGAGCCGGGGGGGAGGCAGAGGGAGGUGGCUGCAGCCAUGGCCAUGGAUAUGGAUGACCUGGGCUGCCCGCGGUGUAAGACCACCAAGUACCGCAACCCCUCCUUGAAGCUGAUGGUGAACGUCUGCGGACACACGCUAUGUGAGAGCUGUGUGGAACUGCUGUUUGUGAGAGGGGCUGGGAAUUGCCAUGAGUGUGAUACCCUUCUGCGAAAAAGUAACUUCAGGGUACAGCUCUUUGAGGAUCCUGCUAUUGACAAGGAAGUGGAAAUUAGGAAGAAAGUGCUGAAAAUAUACAAUAAAAGAGAGGAUGACUUUCCCAGUCUAAGUGAAUAUAAUGAUUUCCUAGAAGAAAUAGAAGAAAUUGUAUAUAACUUGACCAACAAUGUGGAUUUGGAGAACACCAAAAGGAAAAUGGAACUGUACCAGAAGGAUAACAAAGAAGUCAUUCAGAAAAAUAAGAUAAAACUGACGCGGGAGCAGGAAGAGUUGGAAGAAGCGUUAGAGGCAGAGCGACAGGAAAGUGAGCGAAGGCGACUGCUCAUACAGAAAGAAGAACAAAUACAGCAGAUCCUGAAAAGGAAGAAUAAGCAGGCACUCUUGGAUGAUCUGGAGAAGUCCAGUCUUCCUGCUUCAUUGCUUUUAGCUCAGCAUAAGGACAGAUCUACUCAGCUAGAAAUGCAAGUCGAAAAACCCAACCAGGUCAGACCAGUCACGUUUUCCACUGGGAUCAAAAUGGGGCAGACUAUUUCACUAGCUCCUAUUCCAAAACUAGAGGAAGCUCUGUAUACGUAUCAGCCUCUGCAAGUGGAGACGUAUGGACCGCAAGUUCCAGAGCUUGGAAUGCUGGGAAGGCUGGGGCACUCCCUAAACCUCCAUAGCUUCAAACUUCUCAUACCUCUUGCAUGGUGCCUAUAAAGACUGCCUAAAGGAACUCUUUUGUAUUGCUUUAGCAUACUAUAGAAAUCCUACAGGUUUUGUUGUAGGAUUUUGGAAGGACGCAAGUUCAAUAUAGAGGAGGUUGAUUAGCACCAAUUUUUCCAGCCAAAUGGAAAUCAAGGAAAGGAGUGCAGCUUUUAGUAAGUCUGAAAUUUUACUGUUUAAGAAAUCGGCUUUCUGGCAAAAAUGUCUCUGACCAUUUCAAACAACACCCUGUAGUAUAUGGUGUUUUGCAUGGAGCUCUUCUGUCAAGGUCAUUAGCAAUUGAAUAUAUUAAAGUGGACUGCUUAUGAAACAGAGUUUUGCUUCCUGCCCGCCCACCUGUGGGUAUAGUGUGGGUUCUGUAACUGUAAAAGGUCUCAGGAGGGUUAUAAAAGCAGAGAAUAUGGAAAAUAUAUAAAGAAACAAAGAAGGAAGCCUGCAUACACGAUGUAGUUUCUUAUAUGUAAAGUUGGCUAUAGUUGUCUAUGUAUCACUAAAUUAACCUCAAAAGCUGUCCAUGACAGCAGAAUGUCCGUAGUAAUUGUUUUUGUUGGCGUUUGGCUUCAGAAUUAACUCAUCGAUCUAACAUGAGUCUCUGUACUUGAAAUACUGGUCUGUUAAUGUUGUUUUACUUUUUCAUGCGAUCAUGGAAAAAAUAUGUUUCUGCUCGGAGCAGUUGUCAAACAAGCUUCUUUCAUCGACAAUCAGACACAGGGCAGCUGAGUAAGGCUGUUUAGUCUAGAAUAAAUACUCGAGAGAUUACAAGGUCGCUGUAGGAAAUGUAAUUAUACCAUUUAUUCCAGAAUAGUCUUUUUGUAGUGUGGGCUUGCAGAAUACUAAAUCAUGCAUUU